AUGUCAUUGUCGCCUCUCUCGAAAAAGAGAUCAGGGUUCUUUGGGAGCUGCAGCAAGAUGACUGUUAAUGGAACUCACCGCUCUAGGUGCUUCUUUGAUGUUGAAAGCAGUGGCAGAGCGUUGGGUCGCAUUGUUGUUGAGCUGUUCUCCGACAUAUGUCCAAAAACAUGUGAAAAUUUCAGAGCCCUCUGUACAGGAGAGAAAGGGCUGGGACAGAAGACAGGAAAACCUCUUCACUACAAAGGUGCCCCAUUCCAUAGGGUCGUCAAGGACUUCAUGAUCCAGUGUGGAGACUUUACAAAAGGAGAUGGUACAGGAGGAGAAUCAAUAUAUGGAGGAGUGUUUCCUGAUGAAAAUUUUAUUCUCAAACAUGAUCAAAAGUUCCUGCUUUCUAUGGCCAAUCGGGGUAAAGAUACUAAUGGAUCCCAAUUCUUCAUAACUACGAAGAGUGCACCUCACUUGGAUGGGGUUCAUGUUGUAUUUGGCCAUGUAAUUAAUGGUACUGAGGUUGUUAAAGAAAUUGAGAACCAAAAGACCAACAAUCAGAGCUGCCCGAUUGAACAAGUUCGCGUUGCCAAUUGUGGAGAACUUGUACUGCAAAUGAAACCAAAAGCUAAGAAAAGAAAACGUGUGUCUGAGAGUGAAUCUGCAUCCACCACCUCCUCCUCCUCCUCCUCUUCAUCAGAUUCCAGCCUGUCUUCCUCAGAGAGUGAGACAGAGAAGAAAAAGAAAAAAAAGAAAAAGAAGAAGAAAUCCAAGAAAAAGAAAAAAGAAAAGAAGAAAAAGAAGAAAGAGGAAAAAGAGGUUGAAGAAGACACAAAUAAGGAACUAGUUCCAUUCUCUACUGUUCGCCCAGAGGAAAUCCCAGAUGUCCCUGCUCCAAAAUUUCUGUAUCGAGGCAGUCCACAAGUUCCUGAUAAACAAAAGAACCAGUCUCCACCAAAUCAAAGUUCACGUAGACGUACAGAGAGCAAUUACGACAGUCGAACAAAGUAUUCCAAUACAGGACGUAAGAUUAAAGGCAGAGGAAGCUUUCGGUUUAGAGACCGUAGCAUCACUCCACCUCACUGGCGCCGUGAACUGGACAAAAUUCGCCCACUGGACAAUGGCACCAAAUCUACUGUUGUGAGCAAGGAUGGGGCAGGUAGUACUCGUUGGCUGAAAGGAGACAAACUGGAUGCUGCGAAACAGAAGUCUGUAAAUCGUCCCAAUGAAGGCAGCCGGGGCCGUGAUACCACAGAGCGAGACUGGAGACGUGGUCGAAGUGGCAGCAGAAAAGAAGAAAAGGAAGAAUCAAAUUGGAACAAAGAAAAUAGCCAGAGAAGUAGCAGUAGAGACCGUAGGGGUCGAAAGAAUGAAGGAAGUAGAGAUAGAGGCAGCCGAGAAAGGAGCAGUCGGGACAGGGGCAGUCAUGAUGGAGAUAAAGAACGUCAACGGGACAGAGAACGAGAACAAGAUAAACGGCAUAGACGAAGUAGUGAGAGGGGUGAAGCAAAGCCUAGUAGCGGUGGCCGAGAACGGAGCCGAGAGCAUCGCUCUGAACGUGAGAGUGAACGUGAUCGAGACUCUGUGAAACAUGCCAAUGCUACUGCUGAGGAAGACAGGGAGCAUUCAAAGGAAGAUUCAAAGAAAGCUAAAGAAAAAAAGCACAAAAAACACAAGAAACAUAAAAAAGGUCAAAAGUCAUCUAAGGAACGAGAAUUGAGCUCUAAAUCCAGCAAGCGGAAGAACCAUUCCGAUUCUGAGACUGAAAUAUCAGCCAGUAAAACAAAAAGUCAAGAAGUCAGUAAAAGUAGCCAUGAUGACUCUACCAAGAACAAUAACCUGUCUUCCAGGGGGGGGGAUACAGAAAAGUGGCGUGACUCUUCUAAGACACGAACUUCAGAGCACAAAGAAGAUUAUCACCAGGGGGAAGGGGAAAGAGACUCUAGGCGGAGCCACCGGUCUCGUUCAAAACAGAGGCAGCGUGAGCACAGCACAAACAGAAAUGAAAGCCGACAAAGGCGCUCGUCGCACAGGGCCAGCCGCUCGCGUUCCAAGUCUCCAUCCUCUCAGACUGAUGCAAAACGACAGUCGAGGAGUCGACGAGAAAGAAGCAGGUCAUCACAUUCAAAAUCACGCACACAGGCCAGGGACCAGCACUCACGUUCCAAGUCUGGUUCUGAGCAUGAGCGAAAUCAAGCCAGGUCCAAAUCUGAUGACAGGGAUGCUGGUCGGCCUCGCUCGACUUCGCAGUCAAGGCAGAGAAGUGGGUCCCCUGAAGACCACCCAAGGAGUGAACGUAGGAGGGGACGAUCAAGAAGACAUUCAUCAUCUUCAUCCUCAUCAUCACCGCACCACCGGACAAGAAGUCGUUCACAUCGCCGCCAUAGUCGCCGCCACUAUUCUCAUUCAUCAAGUUCUGGUGAUCAUAGUCCACCAAGAAGAAGAUCAAACAUUGCUGAAAGAAGAAAGAAACUAUUCUCUAGAGAUGCACUUCAACAUCAAUUACUUACAUUUCAAAGGAUGGAACGGGAGAAGUCCGAGAGUCCACCCCCUACCCACUGGAAACCUGGUCAGAAGCCCUGGAGACCCAAGGCAAAAAAUCCAGAAAACUCACUGCUUGAUAACCUCAGUCCAAGCAAGACCUAUUCCAAAGAUGGAGAAGCUGACAGUGAUACAGAUAUGAAAGACUCAUCUGGAGCUACUACUGGUGCCAAUGCUGAGACUCCAAAAUCACCAAAGUAUGCCCUGACCCCAGAACUUGCCCCACUGCCCCUACCACAACAACCUGCUCCCACUUCAACGAGCAUAAGCAGCAGCAUGAUGUCAGGUGAAGGGAGCAAUAUUUCUUCCAGUGGUAAGAUCCAGUAUAAUCUGGAGGACCAGCCUGAACCUGUCGUGGCUGCAGUCAUCAAGCCAGAUGAUCGAAGCCAGAUGAGUACAUUGUCCUCAAAUCGAAGCAAUUCCACUGCAGGUUCUGACAGUGAUUCCGACUCAGAUGGUAGCAGUUCUGGAAGUCGACAUUCCUCACCUGAAUCAAAGACUGGCAAAUCCCGACGCUAUUUGCGGCAAUCUGCAUCUGGUGCUGACAAGAAACCUGCCAAAGAAAAAGUCGAGGAAAAAUUUAAAUGGCAACCGCCUCCUGAUCCAGAAGACGUGGAUCAUGAUGAAGAAGUAAAUCUCCAUAACAUUCAGUUACCACCUGAGGUUGGCCCUUCUGCUGUUCGACCGCUUCCUUCAAAUGAAACCAGUCAGGAAGCAAUUCCGACCAGCCAUAUCCCAACACCAAUGUUGACAUCACCCCCACUGCCUGCUGUUGAACAAGUAAUGGAAGCUACUGCUCAGUUUUCAAAACUCAAUUCCUCAGCUUUACUGGCCAGUAUCCCCACCCCUCCAGAACCUGCUUGUGGCCUAAAGAAUGUUCCAUUACCUCCUUCAAUACAGCCUGCCCCAGUUCUGUCAGGUUCAGUUACUGCAGCUUCCAAUGUCUCUUUGCCAUCUACUGAUGAUGAUAACAGUAACAAUGCUCAGAGUGUCUUAGCUCAGUCAGUGAAACCACCACAGCCAAGUUCCCCUCCUUCUCCUGAUGGCCCCUCCCUAGCAAAACCAGGUACCACUGCCAAGGAGGAAACUGAGCCCAAAGAAACAUCAACAACUGUGGUAGCCUCAUUACCUUCAGUAACAACAACCACUUGUAGCCCUGAUCAAACCUCAAGCUUGAAACCUGAUUCUGCGCCACCAAUAACAGCAGAAACCUUACCUUCUGUUUUGGAGAAGCCUUCAGAGGUCCUGCAAGUUAGGCCGGAAUCUGCUUCUAGUGAAUCUGAUCAUGGGGCAGGAGGUGAGGCCGAUGCACCAGAGAAGAGCAGCGCUACAGCACUUCAAGAUAUAAACAGUGUGGGCAGCCCACAGGCAAGUAAACCCCCCAAAAAUGUGGAUGAUAGGGAACAGCAACAACAGUCAACCACUGCAGCACCAGCGAAGCGUUCAAGCACCCGGAGCUCGAGCCGCUCUCCCAAGAAAUCAACCCGGAAACGUCGCUCAAGCCGCCACAAGAGCAGCAGUAAGUCAAGGAGCCGUUCUCCACGUUCUCCUCGCAGACACUUUCGUUCUCCAAGCAGAGUGUCACCUGUGCGCUGGCGGCGAAACCAUUCACCCCCACCAUCUUACUCAUCGUCACGCUACAAUAGAUCUUCAAGUCGGGUGAUUCGUUCCUCUCGGCAAUAUUCACCUCCACCUCCCCGAUCAGGCCGGCUAUAUGGAAAAGGUAGUAGUUAUCCCUCACCAAGAUGGAGGAGGCGACGUUCUUCACGGUCAAGAAGCAGGGGACCUCCAUAUCGCCACAGAUCUCCACCCUCAUCUUCAGCCUCCAAAUACAAACGUAGCCCCUCCAGAGACACAUCAAAGAAUCGUCGCAGGCGAGAUUCUCCAAGCCGCAGUAAUUCUCGAAGACGUUCCAGCCGCUCCUCUAGUCGUGGCCGGUCAUAUUCUCGAAGCAGCUCACGAUCACGCCGACAUAACACCAGGGACAAACGGAGCAGCAGCAGUGGUCAUAGGCGAAGACAGAGAAGAAGUGGUGGUGGCAGUGGGGCUGGAGGGGGAGGCUGGUGCACUGGACUUGACUCCCUCCCCUUCUCCCUGACCUUUGCCCUGUAUCCCAGCUGUAGAGUGUUGAGGCCCGGAACACUGCCGGACAGUAGAGUGACCACUUUUCUUAAUUUAAUGGCUUCUCUUUACUCUUUUUAA